UCCGCCCCACCAUUUCUUCCGCCACUCACUCAACCACCACCACGCCGCCGCAAACGGCUGCAGAAUUGGGGGGUUUCCGGCAAUUGGAUGACCACUGGGGAGCUAACACUCAAUUCCUUACUGAACAUCAGCCAUGGCAGAGGAAUCUCACCCCAAAACCGAACCACAAUAUGAGCACAUCAAUGACGUCACUAUCUCCGUCGCCGACACCGCCGCCGCCGCUGUUUCUCCGGCUUCCAUUACCGACGCACCGCCGCAAAAAGCGUCACCGGUAACUAAGCUCCCUUCCAGGCCCCGCAAAAUCCGGAAGCUCUCCCCUUCCGGCGCCGCUGCUACCGCGGCGGCGGCGGCGCAGAGCUCCGAUCUAGUGCCUAGAAUAGUCGCGCGGUCGCUCUCCUGCCACGGCGAGCUGGAGGCCGCCAUUAGCUACCUCCGAUCAUCGGACCCUAGACUCGCCCCGCUUAUUGACCUCCACGCGCCCCCAUCUCUCGAGCCCUUCCUGCCCCCAUUCCUAGCCCUAACCAAAAACAUUCUCUUCCAGCAACUCGCGUUCAAAGCCGGAACCUCAAUCUACACUCGCUUCAUCUCCCUAUGCGGCGGAGAAUCGAACGUCCUCCCCGACGUCGUUUUCAGCUUAACCCCUCAACAGCUCCGCCAAAUCGGCAUCUCGGCUCGCAAGGCCAGCUAUCUACACGAUCUAGCUCGGAAAUACCAGACCGCGAUUUUAUCGGACAAGUCCAUUAUAGAAAUGGACGACAAAUCCUUGUUCACAAUGCUCACAAUGGUCAAUGGGAUCGGAUCCUGGUCAGUCCACAUGUUCAUGAUCUUCUCCCUGCACAGACCGGACGUUUUGCCGAUUCACGAUCUCGGGAUAAGGAAAGGCGUGCAGAUGCUAAACGAGCUAGAGGAUUUGCCCAGGCCGUCGCAGAUGGAUCAGUUGUGUGAAAAAUGGCGGCCGUAUAGGUCAGUGGCGGCAUGGUACAUUUGGAGAUUUGUGGAGGCCAAGAACACAAAUUCAAACACCAAUGUUGUGGUAACGGAUUUGGAUGCCAGUUUGCAGCAGCAACAGCAAGAACAGCAUCAACUUCAUCAGCAGUUCUUGGAUCCUAUGAAUGGGAUCAUGAAUCUGGGGGCAUGUGCUUGGGGACAGUGACUGAAAUCCCGGUGUAGCUUUUUAUAUCGUCUUCUACCCCCAUGGACCCUGUAAAUCUCGCCAUGGAACGUUGAUCCUUCGAAAGCAGAGAGUUCUGGAGAAUUAAGGUGGUGAAGCCGUGAACGAAACUUCCAUUUUUGUCAGGUGAAGAAGCUCAAGUAUCUGGACUCUCUCCACCCUGUUGUAACUCCAUUGUUUUCUUCUUUCCUUUCUGCUAAAAUUAAUUUUUUUCAAUGUAUGAAUGCUGUUGUUCCCUGCAUCAUAUUCACACCUUUACUUGCAGAGUUGCAUGGUUUAGUACAGUGGAUUUACAGGAAGAGCUGUUUCCACCUUUUGCUUUGUAAUAUUCUUUUUUAUCUUUAAUGUCAUUGCGAAUGGUAUAAUUUUGUCAAACAUAUUGCAUUAUUA